ACUCUUCCAUCCCUCCCAUUGAGGUCGUAUUCCUUUGAGAGAAAUUCGGUGAUAACUGAGGGAUAUAUCCCAGGAAGGCUGUGUGGGGUGUGGACAUUCUCAUAUCUGUUUAUUAUCUGUUACCUCUUUAGUCCAGUAGGUAACGCAACCCAGGGAUAGUGCGGCCCAUGGUGGUACGUCAGUGUGUGCUGCCUGCUUGUUAACAUGAGUGCGAGUGGGGAGAACCAGGACGCCUUGGCUGCCGCCCUGUGCUCCACAGUGAAUGACAUGAAAAAAGUUUUGGAAAUAGCAAGGCGAAGGUUUGAAGAUAAUGAGAAGAGUGCCUACCUUUGAGAUUUAUGUGAGAUACUUGUCGAAGGUGAAGUGGUAGUGGUCCUCAUGUUGCGUGCUAUUGUUGUUGGCAUCCCAAUUGGCAUCACUUUUGUGGACUGCUUUGGGUAUGUUGCUAAAGUGGAUGGCAUCUCCAUGCAACCAUCCCUAAACCCUGACAGUAGUGGCACCAGUGAUUUUGUAUUUCUUAGCCGAUGGAGUUCAAGAUCAUUCUCCUAUCAACGUGGUGACAUGGUGUCCCUCCUAUCACCAAAAGAUCCAAGUCAGAAGAUUAUCAAACGUAUAAUUGCUCUUGAGGGGGACAUUAUCCGCACCAUUGGAUAUAAGAGUCGGUAUAUCCGUAUUCCUGAGGGGCAUUGCUGGGUGGAAGGGGACCACACGGGACACUCCUUAGACUCCAAUUUCUUUGGACCUGUGGCACUGGGCCUCAUCACUGCCAAAGCAUCGCAGAUUGUUUGGCCACCUACACGAUGGAGGCGAUUAGAGAGUGAACUUCCAGAAAACAGAGUGCCACUUAACCUGCGUGGUAUUACUUCCAGAAGAGAUAUUAGUGAAGAUCUGGAAUUGAUUGACUUUGAUGAAUGAAGUGCAGUUUUACAUAGAAAGCCAGUAUGAGGGUUGCUUCAUUUGUUAACUUUUUAGAAUUAGAAUUUGAAGGAAAUAUCAACAAAAAUGCCAUAUGCCUUGGUGAUGUGGAUAAUGAUGGACAGAAUGAGCUUGUGGUAGGGAAUGAAAAUGGGGCUCUUGCUCUUUUCAAAGGAGACAAUCCACGACCCAUCCGUUAUAGCACUGACCUUGGAAUGAUUUCUGCUGUGGCUGUAGGGGAUGUGUUUAAUUCUGGUUCAAAUGCAUUGGUAGUAGUGACAGGCUGUGGUUACUGCUAUAUCUAUGACUUUGAUGAAGACCAUUUGACAGAUUCAUCAGAGAAGAAACCAUUACAGCCCAUUCAUGCACAGCGUAUUCCUUCUAAUGUAAAAGUGAUGCUUAUUGGUGAUGUGAAUGGGGAUGGCUUCUCAGAGAUGGUGGUGGCAUUAACAGAUCGUGUUGUACGCACAUACCGUUGGGUCAGUUGUGGAGAUGUGGUUGGUGGAAAACCUUAUGGUAAAUUGAUUGGUCUUAACAAAUGGGAAUUAGGAGAUCAAAUUGGAGGCAUCACUUUUAACCUGUGCAAGGAUGGCACCCCCUCUCUUCUUGUGGCUCAGCCUGGAGGGACAUACUUCACUCUGAAGGUUCGGCCAGCUGGUCAAGACAAUGAACUGGAUCCUUUUGAUGAAACAUCUUCUGAACUUCUGACUAAAAUGUCUCUAGAUUAUGAGCCUCUGGCAUCAGCAAGACUGCGAAACCCAAACAUUCAUACAGAAAUCUGUGGCAACAUUAAGUUAGGCAAAAUAAGACCGAGUUCAUGUAGUAGUGAAGGAGAUGCCAAUGAAAUCAUCAAAACAAGCUCAACUCAUUCUGGUAAUGAAUGUUUAGCAGCACCCUAUGCAUUGUCUUGUCCUGGUUUAUCAGGUAUUGAAACUGAAGGAAAUAAUCUUUCUGAACAAUCUGUAAAUAGUACAAAGCCAGUCUGCAGAAGAACAGGCAGUAAUGGAAAUGAGAACAACUCAGAGGAGGUUGUUGGCUAUGCUUUGGCCACUCUGGAUGGUACUUUGAUGUUGGUACAUGAUGGAAAAAUUCAGUGGAACCUGCAAGUUGAUCAUCAACUCUUCGCUGUGUAUGGGCUGGAUGUGACAGGAGACGGACGAGAUGAAGUUGUGGCCUGUGCCUGGGAUGGCAACACAUACAUUGUGUGUGAAAGCACGCAGUGUGUACGCUUCACCUUCCAUGAGCCUGUCAGCGCCUUUACUGCUGGCCGGUAUGGCCUGAAAGGAAGGCAGGUGCCCAGUCUGGUGUAUGCCUCCUUCAACAACCGUAUUUACUUGUAUUAUGACAUCACCUUGAGCCACACCUCUACCAAGACCCUGGCUGAUAUCCUCAAGAAGGAACCAGAAUAUCAUCAGCUGCUAGAAAAAAUAGGUUUAUGUUCUAGUGAUACUGACAGACUUGAAGAACUUCAUAAUUUUUUGUUGUAUGGAAAAUUUGAAAAAUGAAACAAUGGCUCUCAUGAUUUUUAGCUAAGGAAAGAAUCCCCAAAUUUAUGUAUAGCCAAGCACAUACUUGGAAAGUAAACACACAUUUAUUUAUAGUUACAGAUAUGUCAAACUUGUACUUUUUGUUCAUUUUUGUAUAUAAAUGAGUCAACUAGAUUAUAUGUUUUGUAAAGAAAUGUAAAUAAUUCAUAAACUGGCAUUGAUUUUGGCUUAAAUAUGAAUUUAUUUCUUCCUUUUGUGUUGGUGUUAGUAUAGCUCUUUUACAUUUAUUUUACACCAAAUUUCACAUAGAAAAAGUACCAUGAAAAUUUAGUAAAUAUCAAAUAUUUUUGUUAGUCAGACUACUGAUUAACAUUUCCAAAAACUAUUGUCUUUGCAUCAGCUGAUCAUUGUUUUCCUUGGAAACGAUAGCAUCUGUUUAGCUCCUUAUUGAACAUAAAGUAGAGUGACUCACUAGCAAUGAAUGUGUUGCUAUGUAUUAUUCAUGGAUUACUAAAUUCGAGAUAAAAGAAUUUUAGUCUGAGGUAAAAAUUACGAAAGAAAGCUAGACCCUUGUAUGGAAAAAUUAAGAUUUGGUCUAAGAUAUGUUAAAUUCUCAUAGGCAUGUUUUUGAUACUACACACAAGAUGUUAUCUUUCACUCUGAAUGUGUAGAUUGUAAGAGUUAUCAAAUUCUAUCCAGGGAAUGGGUUAUGCUACAACUGAGGUCCCAUAAUUAUCCUGUCUUCUUAUUACAGAACUUGGCAGCAAGUUUGUAGAUGAAGGCAUUGCUGUCCUUGCAGAUGGCAUUGCCAUAUAUGCAGAUCUUUUUAAAAGGACUAAAUCAGAAGAUAAUAAGGAUUUGGAACUCUCCAUUGCAAAAAGUUAUAGGAGUGUCAAGGAGGUUGCUUCUGAAUUAUUGGAUCUUGAGGAUGAAUGGAACAAUUUCCUUACUGAACUUGAAAGUAAAGAAGAAAAUGGAAAUCAGAACACUCUGGUUGUUGUAGGGGAUGCAAUCCUGAAAAAUUUCUCCCUACAACAUGUUACUCUUCCUCCACACACUGCCAUGGCCAGUGAUGAGUGUGCCUCCAAAACAUUCAGUACAGUGACGCUACAAGAUAUUUUGAAAUCCAGUCCUCAAAAUGCAACUUUGUUUGUAUUUAAUCGACAUUUUGCGUGACUACCCUGACGCACCCACAUCUCUCAGCUUGCUUCCAGACAGGAUGAGUUGUCUGAUGCUGGCUGUAGUGUGGUUGUGGUCACCUUUGGGGAAAUGUCAGGAGCUGAACGUUGGCUGGAAGAAACAAAAUGCCCCUUUCCAUACUACAGAGAUCCUACAAGAGUACUUUAUCAUCAUCUUGGACUCAAAAGAUCCAUUAAGAAGGUCUGGAACACAUCAACUCUGAGAUUUUAUGGUUGUGAGUCAGCCAAGGGAACACCUCUUCCUCAAUCAUAUUCUGAUGUAGAAGAUGAUCCUCAUCAGAUGGGAGGAGAUUUCAUACUAGACAAAGAUUUCAAGAUUGUUUUCAUAUAUAGGAGCAAGAUGCCCAGUGACAGACCUGUGGUUGAUGAAAUGCUUGAUACUCUUAAACAUACCAUAGAGUCAGACUAAACUUCCUUUAGUCAUACUCUCAGCUUGCUUUUACCUACAUAUGUACAUGUGUUUUGUGAUAUUAAUAACCGGUUCUCUUUAACAUGUUCUCUCACUAUCUUCUCUAACAGCAAACCAUGCUAACAACUGGUUCUCAUGAUUAAUUAAUUUUUACAGUUCAGGUAUGCAUUUUCUACUACAUGCAUUUAAAAUUUAUUUAAUUAUUCUUAACGAUUUUCAGGUUUUGAAAUUUUAUUUGAGUUCUAUAUACUUUUUGGAUUAUUGAGUCAGGUUAAAAGUUGAAUACAGAUGAAUGUAUGAAAUAAUAUUUUCAUAUGUUAUUUGUUGCUUUAUGAACAUUGCCUCCUUUAGAGCUGCUACUUAAUACAGGGAAAUGUAGGGAAAAAAAAAAAAAGUCAGGAUGUAGCUAUGCUUGGGAAAAUAAUUGUGCCUUUUGCAUCUUUAGAGGACCAUAAUUUUCAACAUGUGGAAAAAUAGAUUUAUGAAGGCAUUUGCAGAAACUUAAUGUGGCAUUUGCUGGAUGAGUUCUUUGUGUGUUUUCACAUGUUGUAGAAUCAGUAUACAUAAUAUAUAAGAAAAUUAUGGAUGAUACUUGAAUAAAAAAUAAAUUACAAA